AUACAGACCAGUCCACACUAUCUUAAUAAUUGCUAAUACCAUUUGACACCACAUAUAUACGGGCUCAAGACUAAAAGAGGCAGGAGGGGUGCAGAUAAACCUGUAGCACCUGAUUGGCUGGCUCUUAUACAGGGUACGAUAGGUUGUCGGCCGUGGGCUCGUUGAUUUUACCUAAUUACACACCUUGUGAUAACAUCAAAAAUACCCCAGUUUGGAUAGGUACAGAUAGGUACCUGGGAGAUAGGUAUACCUACCUGGUACUGCCCCGGUGGUAACAAGGGGUUAACCGGGAAAGAUAGAUAGAUAAGAUUACAGAGGUUUCCGACAUUAAAGAUUUAAAUAUGCAAGACAUGGGCGCAUCAAAUAAACCCUAUGUCUUUCUUGUCAUCUGUUUCGAUCUCGGGAUAGGUCUGUUUGCGCCAUGCCAGUCAAGAGGGAUAUCAUCAUACCAGAGAAGGGGGUCAGCGAUAUCGACAAGAAGGCCAGUGAUGACUUACCUCCGGACCACGAUAUCGAGGUUGCAGAGGGGCACCUGGCUGAUCUGGAAGUCGACGUAGGCAAAGUUCUUUCUAAAGCCGAAGAGGAGGGAGAUUGGGAUGCCGACACGAGCCCAUUCCCCGCCGUGCGGGCCGUGGUACCUGAGACGGACGAUCCCGACAUGCCCGUGAACACAUUCAGAGCAUGGUUUCUCGGCAUUUUUUUCGUGUUCCUAGGAGCAGGUGUAAAUCAGUUCUUCUCGCUGCGCUAUCCGGGAGUUCAUAUCGUAUCUCUUGUUGCAGAACUGCUGGCUUUCCCUCUCGGAGUCACCAUCGCCAAGUUACUACCUAUCAGCCGAUUCAAUCCCGAUCACCAUUUCAACAUCAAGGAGCAUGCUAUGGUAACCAUCAUGAGCAAUGUCUCCUUUGGAUUUGGUUCUGCCGAUGCUACGAACCUGAUCCAGGCUUCCAAGUUUUAUGGCUUCGAUAUGCCACCUGGAUUCUCGGUCAUGGUCGUUAUUUGUUGUCAACUGUGCGGAUACGGCAUUGCUGGCCUUUGCAGAACGCUACUCGUUCAGCCCGCCACCAUGAUUUGGCCAGGCGUCCUCGGCAAUGUGGCACUAUUGAGCUCGAUUCAUUCUCGAACCAACGCGGUGGCUGACGGAUGGAAGAUAACUCGUAUCAAAUUCUUUAUGGUAGUGGGCACCGCUGCUUUUGUGUGGUAUUGGUUUCCCGGUUUGAUAUUCACCGGUUUGAGUUACUUCACGUGGAUAUGCUGGAUUGCGCCCAACAACCUCGCGGUAAAUCAAAUAUUCGGCAUGGUAACAGGCCUAGGACUAUUUCCAUUGACCUUUGAUUGGUCUAUGGUGGUAUACAAUACGAAUCCCUUACUUAGUCCCCAUUGGGCUGCUGCUAACGUCUUCGUCGGAUUUGUCGUCUUCUUUUGGGUCGUCACGCCGGCUAUCUAUUACACUAAUACGUGGUUUACGUCCUACUUGCCCCUUUGCACUGCGGACGUGUAUGACCGUUUUGGGGAGCUCUACGACACUGCAAGAGUCAUUACUGAUAACCUUUUCGACCAAGAGAAGUACGAGGCAUACUCACCACCCUACUUGCCGGCGACUUUCGCGUUCGUUUACGGUCUCUCUUUUGCAUCAAUCACCAGUGUCCUGUCGCAUGUCUACUGUUUCCAUUGGGAAGAAAUCAUGCAUGCGUUACGCGGAUCUCUCAAGCUUGAUAUUCACGCACGGCUUAUGAAAAGAUAUAAAAAUGCUCCGUGGUACUGGUGGUCUACGAUAGUUCUCAUUGUAUUUGGAAUGAGUGUCGCCAUGACCGAAGUAUAUCACACAGGGUUACCCGUGUACGGAAUUGUACUUGCGAUUGUAAUUGGCGGCAUUUACAUGGUCCCCUGCGGCAUAAUUCAGGGGCUGACGAACGUAGAUGCGAACCAACUUAACGUCCUAUCCGAAUUUAUAGGUGGGUAUAUGUUUCAGGGGAAGCCUGUGGCAAAUAUCUUGUUUAAGACUCUAUCGCAAGAUGUGGUUGGCCAAGGGUUGUAUUUUGCCGCCGACAUGAAGAUGGGCCAUUACUUGAAGAUUCCACCGCGCACUCUGUUCUGGGCACAAGGCUUGGCUACCAUACUCGGUGCUAUAACGCAGGUGGGCGUCACGCUGUGGAUGUUGGGGAACGUACCUGGUAUCUGCUCGGAGGACCAACCCAACGGCUUUAGCUGCCCCCAAGGCCGUACCGUCUACAGCAGUUCUGUGAUUUGGGGUUUGGUUGGACCCGCGCGCCUAUACUCUGUUGGCAAGAUAUACAGCGGCCUCUUACAUUUCUUUUGGAUCGGGCUAAUUCUACCACCGAUUACCUAUUAUAUCUGGAAGAAGACCGGAAACGAAUUCGUCCGCAAGAUUAACUGGCCUCUCAUAUUCGUCGGCACGUACAAUGUCCCGCCGGCAACGGGCAUCAACUACAGUAGUUGGUACAUUGUCAACCUGAUCUUCAACAAAAUCAUUUAUAAGAGAUUCUACGCUUGGUGGGCCAAGUACAACUACGUACUUGCAGCGGCAUUAGACACUGGCCUCGCGAUCAGUGGCAUCGUCAUUUUCUUCGCUGUUACAUAUGGACCCAACGUGCAAUUUCCUGACUGGUGGGGAAAUACGGUAUGGCAAAAUACUGCCGAUGGCCAAGGUCUACCGUGGUUACAAAUGCCGGAUGUGGGAUACUUUGGCCCACCGAACGGAACUUGGACCUAAUAUAAAAGGAGUAUUGGAAACAAUUUUGGAAACAGCGCGACUAUUUGAGCAAAGUAAUAAGUAUACCACAAAUUUCCCGUACCUUAGUAACUGAGGCAUGCGUUAUAUAAAGACAGUUUACAAAGGGUGAUUAAAUACUAUUACAAACGGAUGAAUAAGCCUUGACUCUCACAGCACUAGAGAGCGGAUCUGUUGUAAAGACUCUUUACCCUAUAUUUGACCUGUUUCUCUAACUUAAUAAACACUAAGGAACUCCUAUAAACAUCUCGAACUUUUUUCGCUUAUGUG